AAAAAAAAAGCACCAAUAUCUCGUUUCUAAUUCAUCAGAGAUAACGUUACCGCGGCUAAAGGAUGGGAAGCUGCAUUAUGCUGAUUCUGUGUGUUUUUAUCCUUGAGGGUGUGUUUGGUGAUCCAGCUGAAGUGAAGUCAGUGAAGGAGGGAGAUUGUGUCACUCUAAACACUGAUGUUACCAAACAACAACAUGAUGACAUGAUGCGGUGGUAUUUUAAUGACCGUCUCAUCGCUCUGAUCAAUGGACAUCCCAAUACAAGCUGUUUAUAUGAUGGAGAAGACGGGAGAUUCAGAGACAGACUGAAGGUGGACUAUGAGACUGGAUAUCUGACCAUCAUGAACAUCACAACUGAACACACUGGACGUUAUGAAGCAGACAUCAUCAGAAGUGGGAGUUCAGGGAAAAGACAAAGCUUGAACAGAACCGGCAAGUGUAACAGAACAAAAAUCAUCAACAAAAGCAGCAACCGUGGUGAAAUCAUAAAAUCAAUCCGUCUGACUGUCAGUGGUUCAUGUCUGUCUCCAGCUGUUGUAGCAGGAAUUGUUGUUGGUGUUCUGCUGUGGGCUGCAGUUGUUGUUGUUGUUGUUGGUGUGAUGAUCCGUCGCCGCAGGAGAUUCAGCGAUGACAUGAAGAAAAUCAAACAAGUGCUCGAAAAAAUGUCUGAGGAUGAGACACCGAACGGAAGAAGUCUAAUGAUCUAA